AAUGACCUUUGACCUAUGUAUAUUCUUAAUAAAGAUCACCAUAAUUUGGCCAAAUUACUAUAAUGGCUUUGUAACUGUUCCAGUGUCCUGUACAAGCAUUCCUCGUGUCCAGUGGAACUUCUGUUCCCUUUAGAGAUGGAUUCUGAGAGGAUUUGGAGGAUAGUAGACAGUCUCAGAGGAAACGUGCCUCGUAAGAAACGAGCGACUGGCUCCACCCUCUCCCUGUUUGACCGUCUCCAUGACCUGUACGUUGACUGUCUACAGAGCAGCUCAGACAAGAAUACUGACAAGAGGUUCCGAGGAGCUGUGAACCUACUGGCACAGUUAGAGAGGAACCACACUCGUCCCUCACUAAUAGUCAACCUGUACGAGGAUGAGAAGGGAUAUUCUCUGGUGCUGUGCAGUGGUGAAGGUGGUGAAACAGACGAGAUUUUCAUGCCUUACGAAGACAAUGAAAUCUUCAGUUACCUUGACAACCAAGAGGUGCCCCCUGUCCUAAUGGAAGUGCUGGAACAAUCUCAGUAUUGUCAGCUGUAUAAUGGUCGUGUUGUGUGUGAGGUGAGGGAUUAUCGUUGCCACUCUGUUCUCGCUGGAUAUGACAAACACUUGCUCUUGUUAAAGCCAACAACAGAGACCCUCCUGGCCACAGUCAACGAGAUGGCUCACCAGUCAAAGUGCACUCAUGAUGAGAAGUUGCUCCUUGAGGCCAACCUUCUGCUAGCUACUCAGCCUCCCCUCUGUUUAGAGACUACUACUGACGUACUGUGGGUCACUAAUAGACUUCAUUACAACCAGCGCAAGUUCCACACUCCUAGUGUACGCCGCUACCUACGGAAGAGAUGCCACGCCUCCAGGGCUCUGAUGCAGCUGGUGGCAGAUGAGGACGUCCCUGAGAGAUUGAGUGUUAACGAGUUCCUUACAGGAGGGAGACAACAUGGCAGGAAUUUUGCCAAUAGUUGGAAGAGGCCAAAAUUAUCAAUGGAUACUUCGCAACUUAACUUUGAUGCUUUGUCGGUGGAAGUGUCACGUCUCGCAGCACCAUUGCCCACUAAUCGUGAGGACCUCCUCUCCCCACACCUCCACACAACACACUCCCCACCCUCACAACCAACCAAGACGUCUGGUGAUAGUAUUGCUGAUACACUGCUCUCCCCCUCUGGCCAAUCAGACAGUCCUCCUCAGAGGCCGGCAACUGUUCAACUAUCUCAACCAAUCAUCCCUCAACAGCCACCGCCUCCUUACACUCCUCACACUAUCCCACCGCCCCCUCACACUGUUCCACCACCCCCACACACUGUCCCACCAUCUCCUCACACUGUUCCACCGCCCCCUCACACUCCUCACACUAUCCCACCACUCCCCCUUCACACUGUUCCACCACCCCCUCACAUUCCCCCUCACAUUCCUCACACUGUUCCAUCACUCCCCCCUCCCACCAUCACACUCCCCCCUGCACACACCAUCCCACUACCGCCCCCUCAAGUACCCUAUCGGCCGGUUCCCAGGGCCCCAGCUUACAAUGCUCGUCCCACUAUACCCGUGCUGCAAGGACCAAAGACGUUAGCUGUGAGGCAACAAGCCUUGGCUCCUCCCAAGCUGAAGCCACUAACACAGCAGCUGGAGGCUGUGUCUACUGCUAAGAGGUUAUCUCUGCCCAAGGCACAGACUACGACACUGACACCACCCAAGCUAAGCCCUGCACCCAAGCUACGCUCACCACUGCAUAAGCCACAGUCAUGUACUAAGACCACUCUUAAUAUCAGCCCCCCACAGAUGACUACCACCAUAGCUGGUAUGCCUAAGCUGCAUCCAAUGGUCUCUGAAUCUCUGGUGCAGCACAAACCACUCUUUGUUUCCAAAUCAUUUGCAAACCCGACGAUGCCCCAACUUCAUCGUAUGCCUACCCCUGUGAAUGGAGCACCCUCUCUUACACAACUGAGCAUGCCCAGUCUGAGAUCAGGAGCUUUCAUGCCCCCCAAGCCCCCUCCAAUGUCACAUAAUGCCCCCCUGACUGUGUUCCCGCCCUCAUCGUAUAGUACCCCCCUGUCUGUGUUCCCUCCCCCUCAAACAUCUUAUGGUGCCCCCCUGUCUGUGUUUCCGCCCCCUCCAACAACAUAUGGUGCCCCCCUGUCUGUGUUCCCGCCCCCUCCAACAACAUAUGGUGCCCCCCUGUUUCCAACAUCAUCACAGCAGAGUGACACUCGUAUGCCCGCCUCUCUCUCGUCACUGGGCGGGGGCGGCAAGGGCAGACCACGCAAGAAACAGUCAAGGAGUGGCAAACUUAUUAGUGGAACUAAAGUAGUUAAGAGGAAGAAAAAAUAGACAGCCAUUUUUUAAGAUAAUGUCAAUGUGCUUUAUAAUUUUUAACAUUUUUCAAUAACAAAACACUGA